GCAGAAAAGGGUAUGCACUUUUGCAAUUCAAGACGCAAUACAAAAACACAAUAGUUUUAUCUUCAGACAAUUUUGUGAAAGUCCAAUAACUGUAGAGAGAUCCAUUGCCUCAUUCAAAGAAAGCACUUCUUCGGGUCAUGAUGACUUCGGACUUAUAUAAACUUUUUUUUUUUUUUUUUUUCCCAGUUCAAUUAGCUCCGAUGCGCUCUCCCAAGUCUUCAAGGAUUUAUUACACAAUAUCCGAUGUCCAUCAAAGGUACAGUUCAUAUCAACGAUGCAAUUUCGUUUGUCAUUCCCCGGAUAUUACGUUUCUGUCAAGGGCCAGCUAGAUAGGCUAGAUGUUAAAACGGAAUCGGCGGCGUAAUUAAUUAGCAGCCACCUUGCAUCGGAGAACUUCUUGGGUGUGCUCUACUCGAUUAGAUGUAAAGUGAAGGAUUUUUCGUCACUGAAAUCAUCCUAACUUGCUAAAUGCAUGAUCAGUUUACAAACUGUUAGCGUUAUUACAAACUACAUUAAAGUGGCUAUGCUACUGAGUAAAUGUUAAAGUUUAUGAAAUGUUAUAGUUUUCAAGUAUGAAAUAAAUUAACAGCAUCCCUCAUGUUUAUGACAGAUGAAGUCAUUUGAAAAUUUAACAAUCUAUAGCUAUUUGAAGGCGCACACUCCAUUGGCUACAAUGUUUUGUUUAUUGAAUGGUCCUGACGAAAAAUGGCCGACAAGUGACGACGCCACUAUUGGCUCAUAGUGCACAACAGACAUCUAGCCAUAUAUGUAUGAUGUUUAUGGUGAACACUCCCAGGAUGCUUAAAAAGCGCUAACGUUGGAUGUCAUGUUUCAAAAUCCCAAUACUAAACCUUUGUCUUUACCCUCAUCUAAUGCCAUUGGUUGUUUCAUAUCUUUUUCUUUAUCUUAUCUAUUCCUUCACUCUACGAUGGCUUUUAAUUGGGAUUGGGUUUUCAACUCUAUUGAAACAAAAAGUGAACGCAAGGAUUGCAAUGGAAUGCGGAAACAAGCCGGACAGCAACGGUCAAGAGGCAGUCGUGACUUUGACUUUUUAAUCUCUGCGGAGUAAGACUGGACAUGUAUUACCCUCUAAAAUCUUUUAGACUUGUGCUUGAAAAUAUCCAAAUGCAGAGGUGCUCAAAUGGCUAGGCACACGAUACAAGCAUGUCAGCUAGCCAUGGCAUGUCUGGUUUGUUUGCAUGUUUGUCAAACACUUUACAUCGCCCUUCUCUUAAAAUAAGCCGCUUUUUGUUGAUGAGAAUUGCACGUCCGCUGUACUUGCGUUCGACAUUCUUAAACUUCCUGUAGCUCACAGGAUAGGAAAUUGAGACAACACAUGCAAUAGUGUACAGUCCUACCCACUGAAAGGUUGCAAAGUUGGAGACACAAAGUCCUUGUCAGCUGCGUGGGAAAGUAAGCUAUGGGUGGUUCGGUGUCCUGCUGCAUCUCUCGGAGUGAGAGGCCCAAGAACGACGAGAAAGGAGUGGAGUUAGAGGAAUGUCCUUUUACUACAGAGGAUGUGAGUGAGGACACUGGGACCUACAUACAACACAUCAGUGACAGAGAACUCCCUGAUGAGCUGGCCCAAGAGACCAACCCAUCAGACCACCCAAGAGCCAGCACCCUCUUCCUCAACAAAUCUCAGACUGAUGUGCGCGAGAAAAGGAAAAGCAUCUACAUAAACCAUACGUCCCCUGGUCUUCUGACAAGGAAGUACAGCUCCUGCUCGACGAUCUUUCUCGAUGACAGCACUGUCAGCCAGCCCAACCUUAAGACCACCAUUAAAUGUGUGGCCUUGGCCAUAUACUACCACAUAAAAAACAGAGAUUCCAGUCGCUCACUGGACAUAUUUGAUGAGAAGAAACACCCACUCUCGCAUGAGAAGGUUGCAGAUGAUUACUAUGCUGUGAACCCCGAGCACAGGCUCAUUUACCGCUUCAUACGCACUCUGUUCAGCUCUGCACAGCUUACUGCUGAGUGUGCCAUCGUGACACUGGUGUACCUGGAGAGACUGCUAACUUAUGCAGAGAUGGACAUCUGUCCUUCUAACUGGAAGCGCAUCGUCCUAGGUGCCAUACUGCUGGCCUCUAAAGUCUGGGAUGACCAAGCAGUAUGGAACGUUGACUACUGCCAGAUCCUUAAAGACAUCACUGUAGAAGACGUGAAUGAGAUGGAGCGAAACUUCCUUGAGUUGCUCCAGUUCAACAUCAAUGUCCCGGCUAGUGUCUACGCCAAAUACUACUUUGACUUGCGCUCGUUGGCUGAUGACAACAACUUUGGUUUCCCACUGGAACCGCUCAGCAACAAACAGGCCAAAAAGCUGGAGGCCAUCUCCAGGCUUUGUGAGGACCAGAACAAGGAUCUGAACAAAUCUUCUUUGCGCAGGUCUGCGAGUGCAGACAACUUGACUGCUAUCAACACAAAGGCAGUGCUGUCAUAAUUUGAAACGGCUAAGAAAUGAAGGAAAAUGGGGCCUGGCAUCAUAAACUGGCACGAUCAAUUUUAAAUUCCGGCUGUUCCUUGACGAACUUUUCAAAUAGACAUGUCAGUUUCUUCACAAACUGUUGGACAGUACCCUGUGGUGGUUCUCGCAUGGAUGCGAAAGUAGACUUUGCUUUGCUUACUAUGUAGGCUAUUUUGGCUGAAAUUUAACAAAUAUAUUCAUCUGAAAUAAAAUCCAGUUGUUGAUUUUUGUUGUGGUGUGCCGGGGAAAAAAUAAUUUUAAAUAUAAUUUAUACAUCAAGAUCGACCUCAAACGGGGGAAAAAAAACAUGAAGUACAAACACCUUUAUUUGAUAUGUUUGAAAACGUGAUUAAAUGAUAAGAACAUCUUGGAACUUGGAAAUGCAGAUGUUCAAGUUCUCAUCUUUAAGGCAAGGCUGGCUUUCUACAGAAUGAGAUGAGAGAUUUCUCUUGACCUCCAGAGUUCACCUUACCAAAAUCAAAUGUCACAGUGAAGCCUCAUUAAAUAUGGAUUAGAACAACCGUCACCACCCUGGGAAAAUUCCAGACAUUCAUCAGAAUCUGUCUGAGAUUAAUCCUAUUUUAUAUAAUGGUAUAUUAUAAGUGUAUAUAUAUAUAAUAAGUAUAUAAUAUACUGGCCCAGCACAAUCAGCAACAGCAUCGACAUUAUCGUGGAUCUGUGGUAGAGAACGGAGCAACAGCCAACAGCGGAAAUCUACUAAGGUGCGAGAGAUGACUCAAUCAAACUCUUCGACGACCAAGACACAAGGUGCCAUGGCAUGGAAGCGGAGCUGAAAAGUUAUGUCCUGAUGUGGGAAGAAAAGGAGUAAAGAGUCCUGAAUCACGAAUUCCAAAGAUAGCCUUUUAUGUGUGGCCAAUGUUUAAUACUGGGUUAUAGGGGUGGGUAUUUCUUCCGAUGAGAAUCGCAAUUUGGUAGCAAUACAAGUUAACCAAAACAUUGGAAACAGCUCUCCUCUCACAAUUUUUCUGUUAGUUUUGAAUUAGAAAUGUUACUGGUUAGAUUGAUAGAGGUCAGUACUGUCCAUACAAAAGUGGUAUCAAACAAUCAUAUUUAAAUAACACGAUGCAGCUCAUGCUUUACAUGACAAAGCAACUUUAUUUGUAUUGCACAAUUUAACAGUAAUCUAAAGCUUUAUAUCACAUUAAAAUCAGGAUACAAUUGAGAAAAUGAGGCAUAAGUCAGAUUUACUUGGGCAGUUAAAAAAAAUUGCAAUACAAAUAAAACCAAUAAAUGGAUGAAAAGCAAAAGUCAUAUAGCUUAGAAUUUGGACAAAAGGGAAAGCGCUGUAGUAAACUAGCAUUUUUGGCCCCAAUUUAAAUGAACUAACUGAGCACACGUCAGACCUUCAGGUAAUUUGUUCAAGGGAUAAGAAGCAUACAGUGUUAUGACAAAAGUAUCUGAACCGUUUGGAAUUUCUCACAUUUCUGCAUAAAAUCACCAUCAAAUGUGAUCCGAUCUUUGUCAAAAUCACACAGAUGAAAAACAGUGUCUACUUUAACUAAAACCACCCAAACAGUUAUAGGUUUACAUAUUUUAAUGAGGGUAGUAUGCAAACAAUGACAGAAGGGGGAAAAAAUAAGUGAACCAUCACAUUUAAUAUUUUUUGGCCCCCCUUUGGCAGCAAUAACUUCAACCAGACGCUUCCUGUAGCUGCAGAUCAGUCUAGCACAGUGUUUUUCAACCGGUGUGCUGCGGCACACUAGUGUGCCGUGAGAAAUUAUCCAAUAGCCUAUCGCAUUUUUAUUGUAUUUUUUUUUUUUUUUUUUACGUCAUCGGGCGUAGUUGGAGUAGGAAGGAGGAGGUAGAAAGUUGCGGUCGUGUGCAGAUGAGCGAGGUAUUGCUCUUGUCGCCUUCAAUAACUGCUCGGCUUCCUAGCCAUCAGUUACCUUGCAGUCCGCGACAAUGUGGACCCUAGCACGUUCACUGUACAUCAUUUGAUUAGACUCGUCAAGAGUUCACGAAAGUGUCCUUUCCAUUUUACCCAUAUGUGACGACAGUCAAUCAUACCCCUGUGUUUUAUUCCAACACAUUGUCAAGGGCAGCAAGGUGGCUGACGGCUAGAAAUCUGAGCAGUUCUUGAACGCGACACGAGCAGUUAUCCUAAAUGUCAUCCCCAAACGAAACACCCGUCGCUUCAAAACACGUGACACGAGCA